CCUUCGUGUUUAAGCAAAAAUCUCACUCAAAAAUCCUAACCUUCAAGCUCCCAUGGCUGCUAACAACGAGGUGAAAAAGCGAAAGCUUGCCAAGAAGGCACCAGAUUCCAUUGCUACGCCCUCUAAAAUCAACAAGAAUCAGCCGCAGCAGCAGCAAAAAACACCCAAAUCCAAUUUUUCUAACCCACCCAUUUCCGAUUCCGAUUCCGACUCCGACCCAUUACCGGUGAAAAUCCAGAAACUUCUCGAACCUUUCUCAAAGGAUCAACUGGUUGCCCUAGCGGUGGAUACCGCAGCUGCUCUCCCUGCUUUUUACGAGCUUAUCCAGUCAAACGCUGAUAAAGACAUCAGUCACAGGAAAAUCUUCGUUUAUGGGUUGGCGCGUGAGACCACGCGCCCGGCGCUGCUGUCCGUCUUUGAACCGUAUGGGGAGAUUGAGGAAUGCAACGUUGUGAUGGAUCAUGCUACUGGAAAGGCUAAAGGGUAUGCCUUUGUUCUGUUUAAGACUAGGAAAUCAGCUGCGAAAGCGCUGAAAGAGCCUCAGAAGAUGAUCAACAAUCGUUUGGCUUCGUGUAAGUUGGCUUCAAUGAAAGAGACUGCUGUUUCUGGGACUAAUGAAUUUGGUAACCGGAAGAUCUAUGUGAGUAAUGUGCCGAAGGAUGUGAAUUCAGAGAAAUUGAGGAGCUUUUUUGCUAAGUUUGGGGAAAUUGAGGCUGGACCAAUGGGAUUUGAUCCAUCAACUGGGAAAUCAAAAGGGUAUGCUUUGUUUGUGUACAAAACUGUGGAGGCGGCGAAGAAAUGUCUGGAAAAACCCUCUAAGAUUUUUGAGGGGAGGCAAUUGCAUUGCAAGAAGGCGGCUGAGGGCAAAAUUGGUGGUGGAGCGGCUAGUAUCACUACGGAGGUUGUACAGCAGCCGCUGCUGGCAAUGCCACCAGGGCAAGGUGUGUAUGCUCCAGUUGCUGCUGGUCACAGUAUGGGGAUGUUGGGUCAGAACGUGGAUGUGCCGAUGAUGAAUCCGUUUUAUGGUGGAGUACUUGCUAAUCCGUAUGGAGCGUAUGGGAAUCCAUUCGUAGGAGUUGGUGGUUUCGGGCAGCAAUUGGGUGGUGGAAUGGGGAUUGCAGCAGGAUAUGGUGGGAGGUUAGAUGGUUUAGGUGGGGGUGUUUCAGGUUUAGGGGCAUAUGGUGGUGCUGGUAGCAGCACAGGUGGUUCUACUGGGGGUUUAGGGGCAUAUGGUGGUGUUGGUAGCAGCACAGGUGGUUCUACUGGGGGUUUAGGGGCAUAUGGUGGUGUUGGUAGCCGCACAGGUGGUUCUACUGGGGGUUUAGGGGCAUAUGGUGGUGUUGGUGGCAGCACAGGUGGUUCUACUGGGGGAGUGGUGCCUGGCUUAGUGCAGCUCUACAAGCAGGUUGGCCAACCUUCAUCUGCAAAGCAUCCGGGAAGCAGUGGCUACCCGUCGCAUUUCAGAUGAACAACGCCUGACCAUGAUGAAAUGAAGUCAUUGAAGCAUCUGAUGAGUGUCUAAGGGUCAGUCUUUGUCAGUGGCUUGGGUUUUAUCGGAUUUGUAGCGAUAUGUUUCUUAUAUCUUUACUUUCAUACAAUCCAUACUUCUUACUGAUAUGCCAAGUUCCUAUAGAACUUGCUAAGAUAAUGCCGUAUGCAUUACCCUUCUCUUUGGUGGAUAUAUUCCUUCUAGACUUAUUUUGAAGUGGAUUUGUCGAAAAAAAAAUAAUCUUGCUCUUAUAUUUGUUCCAA